AUGAUAAACAUAUUCUGUAAGAAAAUGAGCACAUUUGGGGAAAAAAUUGAGGACUAUGAAGUAUUAGAACAUCUUGGCAAAGGUGGGUUUGCUCAUGUUUAUCGGGCAAGAUGUCGCUACACAGGCAUAUUUGUAGCCAUCAAAAUGAUAGACAAAGCUCUAAUGGCAAGUGCUGGUAUGAUUGGAAGGGUUCGUCAAGAGGUUACUAUUCACUCUCGCCUAAAGCAUCCUGCUAUAUUAGAGUUAUACACAUUUUUUGAAGAUGCCCAUUAUGUUUACUUAGUUUUAGAAUUAGCACAUAAUGGAGAAUUAGCAAAACAUUUUAAAUUAGGCACUCGUGGACUAUCUGAGAAAGCUGCAGCUGAUAUUUUUAAGCAGGUCCUUAGUGGAGUAUUAUAUCUUCAUACUCAUAAUAUAAUUCAUAGAGAUUUAUCUUUGAAUAAUUUACUCCUAACAAGAGAUUUGAAAGUGAAAAUAGCUGAUUUUGGAUUGGCUACACAGCUAAAUGGACCUGAUGAAAAACAUGUUACAAUGUGUGGUACACCUAAUUAUAUUUCCCCUGAAGUAGCUUCAAGAGAGUUACAUGGAUUACCUGCUGAUGUGUGGGGAUUAGGCUGUAUGUUAUAUACCCUCUUGGUAGGAAGUCCUCCGUUUCAUACCCAACAUGUCAAAACUACACUCAAUAGAGUUAUAAAUGCUGAUUACAAAAUUCCACCAGAAUUGUCACAUCCAGCACAAGAUUUGUUACAAAAACUUUUGUGCAAAGACCCCACAAAGAGAAUAACGUUAAAAGCUAUCAUGGAACAUCCUUUCUUAACAAAUACAGGUACUAAUAAUUCAAUAGCAAGGCCAGACAUCUCAAGAGAUUCUGGUUUUCUGACAACAUUACACAGUACUCAACAUAGCAGUAAGAUCAGGAACGAAGAAAAAACAUCUGAUUAUCUUUGCAUGAAUAGAGAAGGAAAAGUUAUGAAUUUAAUACAACAGGACACAUUACAACCAGCAACAUUCAAUGUUUUUUCAAGUGUACAAUCUCAAGCAUCUCAUUGCAAUAGUCAUGAUUAUAGGUUUGGUAUUAAUGAUAAUUCAAAGGAUAUUUUAGAUUUCAAUAAUCAGGUUCCAUCAACUGGUACCUUAGCAUCACAAGGACUUCCAAAUGUUUCCAAUAAUUGUAAUGCAUUAUUGACAGAAAAUCUUAGAAAGCUAGAUAUUAAAUGUAAUGCUGUCAUUUGUGGCAGUGAUAAUAAAGAAAACAUCCCAAGACCUUGUAGUGUUGGUUCUAAUACUAUUGGGGUGCCACCAUUAUGUGCAGAAAGGUUGCCUAAUAUAUCACACAGAACUCGAAAUGCAAUUUUAAAAAUUGAGUCAGAAGCUGUUACUGUUGAGUUCAUAAAGAAGAAAGGAAAAGAUAGAGAAGAGAAAGUGGUAGAAGUGUGUAAAAUAACUAAAGAUGGUAUGAAAAUAAUCAUUUAUACAGCAGAUAAUAAUAAAGUUAAUACCCUUCAUAAUUUAGAUCGUGAACCAAGCCAUGACGAAAUAUUUACAUAUCAUAAUUUGCCCCAGAAACAUUGGAAGAAAUAUUUAUAUGCAUCCAGAUUUGUAGAUCUUGUAAAAGCUAAAACUCCUAAAAUUACAUUGUACUCCAAAUUAGCCAAAUGCCAGUUAAUGGAAAAUAAUACAGAUAUUGAAAUGUUUUUCUACUGUGGUGAAAAAGUUGCAUUUACAUCUACAGAAGGCUUAAAAAUUAUAGAUAAAAAUUCAAAAACUUAUGUGAAUCCAUCUAUUAGUACAGAAUUGAAAUAUUUAUUAGAUCACUACGAAGAGUGUUAUAAUAAAAUUAAUAGAAUACAGACUGCUCUGUCAGGUAUCAGUGAUGAAUGUUUUCCCCUUAUAAUUGGGAAAAGGCCUAUACACAGUGCUAUUAAUAACAAUGCUUCUCCCCACCCUACCGGUUCCAUAAAUGUCAAUUACAAUACUCCUUCCCUUAAUGUAGCCUCAUUUCAUAGAACAGCAGCUAGCUCUAGUCAUGGAAUUAGUGAAUACAAUAACAUUUAUUAA